UAUAAACAUGGCGGCAAAAUGCGGGAAUCCUUUUGGUUUUUAGUAAGCUUAUUGCAUGCUAAUGUCGCGGAAAAAGGCAAAAAAUAUUCCUACUCCUCCGGAACCAGAUAAAAUAAGCAGUGAAGAUGUUCAUGAAGCUGUAAAUGUUAUACGAAGCCGCUUGUUCAAAGGAGAACCUCCAGAAGAACUUCAUGGCCUCAGUGAAAGUAUCUCUCAGCUAAAAAGCCUUCUUAGCCGUUGUGCCGAGUACGGAGAAAGCAAUUCAGUUCUGUUGGUGGGACCUCGAGGUAGUGGGAAAACACUAGUGUUACAAACUGUACUGAAGGAUGUAUGCAAGUUAAAAACUGUCAAGGACAACAUACUGAAAGUUUACUUAAAUGGUCUUGUACAUACAGAUGAUAGGCUUGCUAUGCUUGACAUAACAAGACAAUUGAAGCUGGAAAAUGUUGUAGGAGAUAGAGUCUUUGGUUCAUCUGCAGAAAAUCUUGCAUUUUUGCUUGAUUCUUUGAAAAGUGGAGGCCAUGAGAGUCAAUCAAUUCUGUUUGUCUUGGAUGAGUUUGAUUUGUUUGUUCAUCAUAAGAAUCAAACACUACUUUACAACCUCUUUGAUGUUUCACAAUCAGCACAGACACCAAUUUGUGUCAUUGGUCUCACUUGUAGAUUAGAUGUUGUUGAAUUGCUAGAGAAAAGAGUCAAAUCAAGGUUUUCCCACCGUCAAAUCCAUUUGUUCAAUUCAAGUUCUUUUGGAGAAUAUCUUGAAAUUGUAAGGUCUGUGUUAUCACUUCCAUCAACAUUUCCAAACAAAAAAUUUCAGAAGACAUGGAAUGAUGAAUUAGAGGCUUUAAUAGAAAGCAGUGAAGCUCAAGAAGUUUUACGGCAGCAGUUCAACAUUACAAAAGACAUCAGGUCUCUACAUAACUUGCUGAUUCUCCCAGUGUGCAGCCUGAAUAUAGAUCAUCCAUUUCUAACACCAGCUGAUAUCCAGAAAUCCAGGAAGGACCAUUGCAUUGAUCACAAACAGACCAUGCUACAUGGUUUAUCAGUACUUGAACUCUGCUUGAUUAUUGCAAUGAAGCACUUGUUGACAACAUUUCAAGGAGAUCCAUUUAACUUUGAGAUGAUAUUUAAAGAAUACAAAAGGUUCACUCAGAGGUCAGGACAUUCAGCUCAAUCAUUUGACAAGGAUGUAGUAUUUAAAGCAUUUGAACACUUAUUAGCCUUAGAGUUGAUAAAACCAGUUGAUGGAGCUUGGAAACAUGUACAAAAGGAAUAUAGACUUGUAACCUUGUUACUCAGCACCAACCAAAUUAUGGAAGCCAUAGAUAACUAUCCAGAAUGCCCUACUGAUGUACGACACUGGGCAACCAGCAACUUAGAGUAAAGUCUUGGUCAUGCAGCACUUAGUAAAGCUCAGGGCAAGUAAGAGUAAAUGAUAGACCAGUUUAAUAAUACAUUUGUAUGGAUAAUGUACAUGUACAAAAGGUGUUUAUAAGCAGUCUAUGUAGAAAAUGCAGGUUACUUUCAUCGGUAGUGUUACAAUGAUUUUAUGCUUAAAAAAUACUUUGUUUGAUGUCAUUGCCAGCAUAAAAUGAAAGGGAAGGGAAAAUUAGCCAACAUUUUGUCCAAAUAAUAUUAACUGAAAAGUCAUCCAUUGUUUUCAAAUCAUCCAUUUAUUUAUAUCAG